UAAAAAUUACGCUAUUGAUUUUCAAUCAGCAACUCAAAAACGUAACGUUAUGUGGAACUGAAACAGUUGUGCGGAAUAUUCACGAGCAAGGAGUUUUGGAAAUUAUCCGUAACGAAGAAGACUCAGACAAUCUAGUGUGUGUCGGGAUUUUAGACUGCAUCGACAGAGCUCCAAUUCAUUCGUUCGAAGAGAACGGUAAAUCAUACUUGUUCAUCAAACAUUCAAUUCCGCCACUUCCGGAACGCAAUUAGACGUGAUGAAUUCAAUAGUGCCGUACAGAGUUUGUGACUCUUCUCGCAGAUCAAGACACAUCAUUAUCGCCGAUGCCAGCCUAAGAAGCUUGCUUCACCAAGGAUCUAAUACAUUUCAACAACCAGUUCAACAAGUGGUUCUCGAAGUCGACGGUUGCGCAAUUACUAGUGACCUGGCGUUGAGUGCCUUCAACCGAGAUCUUCUAAUGCUGCUGCUUCCUGGAGAGAUAUGGACACCGCAAGGUAUCAAUACUACUGGAAUACAGUCCAUGGAACGUACAGCAGAGCAACAUGAUAUACCCAAAAACCAGCUACUAGUUGCAACACUUCAAGACGCCGAGAUAAUAUCACCAAUUAUGCAGCCAGUUAAUAUUGACUCCAAUUAUUUGAAAUUCAUACCCAACCAACAAGUAUCUGUUCCGGAUCCGAUCGCUAUGCAGCUUAUGGCCGAUGUAGAGCAUCAAAUCGUCGAUCAUCAACUACUUUCAAUGCCGUUGUUGAUUGCUGAGGAAAAUUCACCGACGGAAGCCCAAGAGGAUGAUAAAGCAGGUGAUCAACAACAGGCGAAUAUCGAACAUCAGAUGGACAAUGAGCAAUCAGUAGAGAGUGAAAUACCGGCUGAUGGACAGCAACUCUUGCAUCGUGAAGAGCAUAGAACAGCGGAAAAUCAAGAGUUUGAUGAAAAUCAGUCCCCUAAUACAAAUCAGAAACAACAACAGAAUACAGAUAUCGAAUUGCAAAAAAGUUCCAAAAAGCACGCAUCAUCCGAAAUGAAAUUUCGUUUUUUCGAAAUUAAUUGGAAUAAGAUAAGCGACAGUAUAAUCAAGAAGCUAACCAACAUACAGCAGUUUAAAACCAAUCAUCAAGACGAUCCCAUUCCAGCAUCACUACGAUUGACCAAAACUGAUACCACGAGUUUGGUAAACAACAUAGUUGAUCAGUUGCGUAUUAUCGAUUCGGAAAUCAAAGCAAAUGUGAUGGAAGUGGUAGCUAGACAGUUGUUGUCUAAAUAUCCGUGUCUCGAGCUUGUAGACGACGAUGGGUGUGGAAAUGGUAUGAGUUAUGUGAUUUUCAAACAUAAGAUGAUAAAUCACAACAAUUACCUCAAUCGUUUCAAAGAUUCCUCUGAACAGAAAGAUACAGCUAACCAUAAGGGUCGUAACGUAAGAGCUGGAACUCUGAAAGUUUAUUGGUCAACUACAAAAAAAGAUUGCGAAAAGGAUAUUUUGUCAAAACUUCGCCGUGACGAACCUGAGCUUCUAACGAAUGAGCUUCUUGCGGCAUCUCAAGCGUAUAUAAGAUACCAGCUGAGCGAAAGUAAACAUCUUGGCAACUUGCUGGCCGAGUAUCCUGUGUUCAGAAGGAGAAGUUUGCUUAAUUAUCAUUUUGUUCAAGCAACAGGCGUUAACGUUGACGAUCUGCGCAAGUAUUACUGCAUGAAACGUGCGAAAAUAAUCAGUUAUUCAAGCACUUCCGAUCGAAACAUUUCAAAAUUGAGUAACGAGUGCUGCGAUUUGGAAAUAUUUGGAUACCUGGCCAGACUUGUGGGAGAGAACAUAAAUGAUUUGAUUUUGAAGAAAGAGAUUGGAACACGCAUCGAUGAAAUUCAUUUGGAAUCAACGGGUCCUUUGGUGGUAUCUGUAGAUUUGGGAGAAAAAGCCUACAUGUAUUACGUAUAUGCAGAUCAUACUCGAGUUACGGAAGGCACCAAGGACAUAAUUUGUGCAAUGCAGGAUAUUAUGUGCACGUACUACGUUCACAAUUAUAAGUACCUGAAACCAGUAUCAAAACUCCUGGAGCUGAUUCAACAAUAUUUUUUGAAAAUAACACCUUCUACUGCUUCAAAAUCGAAUGCCUACCGUGUUGGCAACCAACAACGUGUUGUACGGCGAGUGAUCGAUGCCCUGGCGAAGCAUGAAUGUGAUGCUAGUGGUUCAAAAUAGCGUUUGCGAAAAAAUUGAUGUGAAUGUUGGUAAUUCGAUUAAAUGAUAAAUGUAUAAACUAUAAGAGAGAAACUAAAAUUGCGUUAAAAUUUGGUUAGGUGAAUCGGAAUGAACGGAAUGUAUGAAUGUAUUUCUUUGAUGAUAUAUUAAUGAGAUGAACUGUAGUGUAAGAUAAAGCUAAAAAUAGCGAUGAUGGAAAGGAAUGAAAGUGAAGAUUAUUUACCAAGCGAAUACGUUGUUAUAUUAUAUGAAUAAGAAUCAGGAUAGAA